AUGCUAUUCGAGGCUGACGACUUAGAGGACAACCUUGACAUUGAUCAAGACCUUCUUUCUCAUGAAGGAGACGCUGUGGAAACCGUAAAUGUCGUCGAGAAGCUCGAGCGGAAGCAGAAGAAGAAACAAAAACGCAAGCUCGUCGAGACAGAAGAGAGCGUUUCAAAAAAGCGACGAAAGCUGGAUGGAAAAGAAGGCAAACCGGCAGGCGAAUCCAUCGCUCUUCAGACGCCCACAGCGCAAGCUGAAUAUGUAUUCGCGCUCUUUCAAAAGGUUUACAAAACUUCAUCCUCCCUGGAACUUGAAGAGAUGAGAUACAAUGAAUCUGCCUUUGUAGACACGCGAUCAUACACGAAUGAGAGGAGCGUAGAAAGUCUUGGGGAGUUCAUAUCAGAGGUGAUACCCACUUUGCAAGUACGGUUGACACAGCGUUCAGCAACUAAGGGAGCGCCCACGGUGUUGUUUAUAACCAGCUCUGCUAUCAGAGCUGCAGAUGUAGCUAGGUCGUUUCGUUCGUCGCUGAGAGGUCCAAAGAGUGGCGAGGUCGCCAAACUGUUUGCGAAGCACUUCAAACUGUCGGAUCAUGCCAAGUAUCUGGAGAAUACAUUCAUCUGCGCUGGAGUGGGCACGGCUGGUCGCAUAGGAAAACUCCUCAGUGAAACAGGCAGUCUUUCCGUCAAAGCGUUGACGCAUAUCAUUGUGGAUACUCAUCUGGACGUCAAGCAACGUUCGAUCUUUGACAUACCUGAGACUCGUUGCGAUGGCCGCGCGCUCUUGACAUUCUUCCCGCGUCUUGAGCAGUGCUUCGCAGCAGCUGGUAUCACUGGAGGAGAUAGGGUGGAGUACGUACCCCAGUACAUGGCGGGUUAUUUGCAGGAGUGGGUCGAAGUGCAGGCAGAGUAUGCAGCUCGUGACUACAUUGCGUUGAAAAGAGUUAUAUUGGACGCAUAUGGUGUGCCUGAUAAGGGACCUAGGUACACGAGGGAGUAUCUAGUGAAGUUGAUUGAGGUUCAAAGUGCGGCAGAGAUAAAGACAAAGGAACGGUUACACUCACGAGCAGUGGCAUUUGAUACGAUCGCGUUAUUUUUGCUUCGAGAGAAUGUACUGACGGAGAAGGAGGUCAACAAGGCAUACUUCCGCACGCUACCAGCCGAGCUUGGGCAAGAGGUUCAUCGUCAGCUCAAGAUCAAGAAUCCACAAGUACGGACCGCGACGGAACCGUUCACGCGAGCCCAAGUCAAGGAGGAGGCAGUGAGUAUUUUGACGCCGGACUGGUGUGAGGAGCCUAUCGUCGGAGAUGGACGCCCUCUGGUGCAGCAGCUCGAGUACGUACUGGACUCGAUCGACGACCUCAUUCGCCAGAUGGGAAACCUCGAUAUCGGCGAGGAGCCUUACGUAGAGGUGCACACUGCGCUCGUCGCGAAGCUUCCUGGUGCCUCAUGA